AUGUCGAGCAGGAGGACGACCGGGGGGAGGAUCAGCGAGGACGAGAUCAACGAGCUCAUCAGCAAGCUCCAGUCUCUGCUGCCGGAAUCCCGCCGUCGGAACAUGGGCAGGGUAGGUUCUCUCUCUCGCUCUCUCUCUCUCUCUCUCUCUCUCUCUCUUCUCUCUCUACUAUCUAUCUCUACUCGCUCUCUUUCUCUCUCUAACGGGGGGGGAGGAGGGCGGGAGGAUGGUGGCAGGCGUCGGCGGGGAAGCUGCUGAAGGAGACGUGCAGCUACAUAAAGAGCCUGAAAAGGGAGGUGGAGGACCUGAGCGAGCGGCUGGCGGCGCUCAUGUCCACCAUGGAGACCGACAGCCCCCAGGCCGAGAUCAUCCGCAGCCUCCUCCGGUAG